AUGGAUAACGCUAAGUCUCAAACUAAACCACGGAAUCGGUUUUUACAAUUGUCUUUGAAGAAAAACGGUGUAAAACAAAUAUCAACGCAAAAGAAUAUACAUUCUGAAGCGGAUGUUAUAAUUCUUGAUGAUUCAUUUGAUAAAUUACGGUUUGAAUUUACUAACAUAAAAGCUGCAAAGACAUAUUCUCCUGUAACUAUUAAUGAUUCAUCUGAAUUCUGUGAAGAUAUUCCGUGUCUUAAUUUGGAUAAGGAACCAAGUAAAUCAGGAAAUGCUUCAUUCAAUGCUACUUUAGAAUUUACAUCGCCAGUAAACUCCAAAGAUAAUAGACCAAGUACAGGAGGUUGGUCGCCCGCUCAAAAUAUUCUGUGUGCAACACCAAAAAAUGAUCCUUUACCAUCAACACCUCAAGAUAAAGCAUGCAAAUCUUCAGAGCAGUGCUCCAUAAAGAAAAUACACCAGUCACAACAGAAACUUCUUAGCGAUUUAUACGGAGAAACAUGGAAAUCGAUACCGUCACUCUUCAAAACCUUACAACAAAAUCACAAAAACUUAAACGGUAUCUCAAAGAAGUUAAAUUUCAACGAUGAUGACAAAGAGAAUAUUAAAAGUGACUUGGAAAGAAAUAAACAGUUGUAUUUGAUGGAAUCGGAAACCAAAAGACGAGUAGAAGUAUUGAAUAGUGAUAAGAAAUCAAAGAAGAAGCUUUUUACAGAAAAAGUACCGAGUACUCCUGAACCUCCUAAACUUAAAUCUAAACUUAAAACGACAUCCAAGAAGAAAAAAUCAAUGACUGUUACCGAGCUUGUUGAAGUGAUGACAAAUGAUGUUGAUUCAUUGUCACAGAAAGUGAAAAAUGUUUGUGUUACACCUAAAAAUGAUGUCGUUAAUAGGUGUACUUUUAUUGGGUCACUUGCAGACAAUGUACCCUCAUGGCGUUGCCACACUGAAGCAAUGCAGUACAGAGACAAUUAUAAAUCACUCAAAGAAAAACUGGCGCGGAGAUUGUUUGUGGAGUUCAAUAAAAAUGUAUUUGACAAUGCCCUCGAAGCAGAUAUGCCUAUAAUUUGGGAUACAAAACUAAGAAGUACCGCUGGUACAACAACAAACAAGCUGAUAAAAACAUCGAAAGGCACGAAAAUAAGAACAUCGAGUAUAAAGUUAUCAAAUAAAGUUGUUGAUAAUUGUCAAAGGUUAAGGGAUACAUUAAUACACGAACUAUGUCACGCUGCAACCUGGUUGAUUGAUGGAGAAUUGAGGGCAGGGCAUGGACCUCUUUGGAAGAAAUGGGCAACCCGUUCCUUAAGGCAGUAUCCAGAAUUGGGAGAAAUAUCAAGAUGUCAUGAUUUGGAGAUACAUUAUAAAUACUGUUACAAGUGUACACAAUGUGGUUAUAGUAUCAAACGUCAUUCCAAAUCCAUUGACAUAACGAAAAAAUGUUGCGGCUAUUGUCGCGGGACUUUCGAGAUUAUUAUAAACAAGAAGAACAAAGAUGGCGUCGUUGUUUCAACUCCCGCGCGAAAGGGCGGUCCUAACGACUUUGCGUUAUUCGUCAAAGAAAAUUAUGGAUCACAUAAGAAAAAUGGCAAAACUCAUGCUGAAGUCAUGAAAGUAUUGGGUGAAGAAUUUUCGGCGCGAAAAAAUAGAAUGAAUGACAGAUUAUAUGACAAUAUAGACUCUUGUAGCGAUUAG